AUGGCCGGGGUUUUCUGGCUUCCAGGAGUUGCUGGUGGAACUGCAGCAUAUGUGCAAUCAAGGAUUAGAGUUAAUAGACAUGAUAUAUUAGGCGAUUCUGAUGAGCACAAUGAUGACAACGAGCUCACAAAGGAUGAGGUUAUGAAAAGAACUUCUGCACCAAAACAUAAACAGAAAAAAGGAGGGUUGAAGUCGCUCCAAGUCCUUGCUGCAAUUCUUUUAUCUGAGAUGGGCCAAUUAGGUGCAAAGAACCUUUUAUCCUUAGUUUCUAUAGUGGUGCUGCGAACCACUCUGAGCAACAGACUAGCAAAAGUGCAAGGCUUCCUAUUUCGUGCUGCUUUUCUUCGACGUAACAUGGUGUAUUACAAAAUAUCACAUGUUGAUGGUCGGAUAACUAAUCCAGAGCAAAGAAUAGCCAGUGAUGUUCCAAAGUUCUGCUCAGAGUUGAGUGAGAUUGUACAGGAUGACUUAACUGCUGCCUACGUACUUGGAGCUGGGGCUGCAAUUAGAAACUUUUCCCCAGCAUUUGGCAAACUUAUGUCCAGAGAGCAGGAAUUAGAAGGAGACUAUAGACAGCUUCACUCACGGUUAAGGACGCACUCAGAAAGUAUAGCAUUUUAUGGUGGAGAGAGGAGAGAAGAAGCUCAUAUUCAGCAGAAGUUUAGGACAUUAUUUAGACACAUUAAGAGAGUGCUACAUGACCAUUGGUGGUUUGGCAUGAUUCAGGAUUUUUUAUUGAAAUACCUUGGUGCUACUGUUGCUGUUAUUUUGAUCAUUGAACCUUUCUUUUCUGGCCAUCUAAGGCCUGACAGUUCAACUUUAGGGCGUGCAGAGAUGCUAAGCAAUCUAAGAUAUCAUACUAGUGUCAUCAUUUCCCUUUUUCAAUCUCUCGGAACUCUUUCUAUCAGUGCAAGACGACUCAACCGACUCAGUGGUUAUGCUGAUCGUAUUUAUGAGUUGAUGGCCAUAUCAAGAGAGCUAAACCUGGAGAAUGAGAAAUUUUCACUACAAAGACAAGGAAGUAGAAAUUGCAUAAGUGAGGCUAACUAUGUUGUGACCCCCAAUGGUAAUGUAUUAGUCGAUGAUCUAACUCUUAAUGUUGAGCCAGGAUCAAAUCUUUUGAUUACAGGUCCAAAUGGCAGUGGAAAGAGCUCCUUAUUCAGGGUUUUAGGAGGUCUCUGGCCCUUGGUAUCUGGACAUAUUGUGAAGCCCGGAGUAGGAUCUGAUCUUAAUAAGGAAAUAUUUUAUGUGCCACAAAGACCAUAUACUGCUGUAGGAACACUACGUGAUCAAUUAAUUUACCCUCUUACUGCCGAACAAGAGGUUGAGCCACUUACAGAAGGCGGGAUGGUGGAGCUAUUGAAAAAUGUUGAUCUUGAGUAUCUAUUGGAACGGUACCCGCCAGACAAAGAGGUAAACUGGGGUGAUGAACUUUCAUUGGGUGAGCAACAAAGAUUAGGCAUGGCUAGACUUUUCUACCAUAAGCCUAAAUUUGCCAUUCUUGAUGAGUGCACAAGUGCUGUCACAACUGAUAUGGAAGAACGGUUUUGUGCUAAUGUUCUGGCUAUGGGUACAUCAUGUAUUACCAUAUCACAUCGUCCAGCGUUAGUUGCAUUCCAUGAUGUGGUUUUGUCCUUAGAUGGCGAGGGAGGCUGGAGUGUGCAUCGUAAAAGUGAGGACUCUUCUACUGAAUUACAAAAUGAUACAAUAAAGGCGUUGGAGACAAAAAGGCAGAGUGAUGCCAAGACAGUUCAACGAGCAUUUGCCAUGAAUAAAAAGGAUUCUGCAUUCUCGAAUUCAAAGGCACAAUCAUAUAUUACAGAAGUCAUAGCAUCAUCUCCAUCCAUGAAACAUACUACUUCAUGUGCUGUUCCCCAACUUUGUGGUAAUACAAGGGCAUUGCCUACGAGAGUAGCUGCCAUGUGCAAAGUAUUGUAUGUCAGUUCUGAAAAUCUUAGGUGUUGUUUUGAUUUUAGAUUUCUGUUUGUUGCAAAAUGGAUGCAAUUACAAUUCUUUCGACUAUAUGACUUGGCUAGUGAAGUUAUGCAAAAUCAGGAUGCCUAA